UUGACCUGUCUUUUCUCAUCGUUGGCCUUAGUUCUGGUCAUUCUCUACAUCGGACCCGCACUGGAAUAUCUCCCGAAAUGCAUUUUAUCGGCUAUGAUUAUUGUGUCACAAAGGGCUAUGUUUGCAAAAUUCGCUGAACUACGAGAACUUUGGCCCGUGUUCAAAGUCGAUUUCACUAUAUGGGUGAUGAGCAUGGUAUUGACAGUCUGCUUCGAUAUGGGAGAGGGACUACUUCUUGCCACAGGGUUCGCUGUCUUAACAACGAUAAUACGGAUGCAGAGGCCAAAAUGGCACUUUCUUUCCCGCGAUUCUGAAUCUGACAUUUUCAAAGAGACGAAGAAAAAACAUCUAGAGUUUGUGGGAGGAAAUGUAUGCGUAUUUCGCAUGGACGCACCGCUCAUUUUCACGAGUAUCGAUCGAUUCACAACGAAAGCUCGUGCAGCUUACAAAGGUAUGGCUCAUGAAGACCGAUGUCGACUAGUUAUUGACUGCAGUGGAUUCCCUUAUGUGGACUAUCUUGGUCUAACGACACUGAAAACAGUUGUAGCUGAUCUCAUCGCUGCCAACGUUCAGACGUACUUGGUAGUACAGAAAGGUAAUUACUAG